UUUGGGCUGUAAUGGGAAAGCAACAACUCUGAACAUACUGGUGAUUCCAAGUCUUGGUUACUUCAGUGCAGUGAUUCCAGUAUACUACUCAAAAUUUUGCCUGCAAGGAAGGAGGAAAAUGGAAAAACCUAAGGAAGGAGAGCCUACCAAAAUGUGGCCAGAUACCUUCAAAUACAGGACGUUACGAGCCUCGGGAAACUGAACUGAUUAGUGGCACGCGUACGAGGUAGUCAUUAUUAUUCAUCACCUGCCAACCAAGCCGACUAAAGUUUCAAUGACUCCUCACCCACAACGACUGAACCAUCACCCGGCGAGACUCUCACGCCUGCCUUCCCAGAUGAGAACAGAGGCAAGAAGAGCCAAAAUAUGACGGAGUGUGUGCCUGUGCCAAGUUCUGAACAUGUAGCCGAAAUCGUGGGGAGACAAGGUUGCAAGAUCAAGGCUUUGCGUGCCAAGACUAACACAUACAUAAAGACUCCAGUGCGGGGAGAAGAGCCCGUAUUUGUUGUGACUGGGCGCAAGGAAGACGUUGCCAAAGCUAAAAGGGAGAUUCUCUCAGCAGCAGAGCAUUUCUCACAAAUCAGGGCAUCGCGUAAGAACAACUUAGGUGGUGGGGGUCUGGGUGGUGUAGGGGGAAACUCAACAGCACCUCCCGGGCCUCCAGCAAAUGUUCCUGGUCAUGUCACAAUUCAAGUCCGCGUUCCUUAUCGUGUUGUGGGCCUGGUGGUGGGUCCAAAAGGAGCGACCAUCAAACGCAUCCAGCAUCAGACACACACCUAUAUCGUUACCCCCUCUCGAGACAAGGAGCCAGUGUUUGAGGUCACAGGUCUGCCAGAGAGCGUGGAGACUGCAAGGCGGGAGAUAGAGGCUCACAUCGCUAUGCGGACUGGAAAUGGAACCUUGGCGGGGAACUUGAAUAGUGCAGUGGGACUUGCUGGCACACUCUUGGGUAGUACUGGUCUCAUUGAUGACUCUCCUGACCUGUUGGCUUCUCUCUACAAAUCGGGCCUUGGCCUUGGAUCAUUGUUUAGUUACCUGGACAACAGUCUGGCACCCACCACUCCUGCUUCAUCUGCUGGUCUUACAGAAUCAUCCAUGCCCAUCUCCUUCCCCACCAUGACAUCAUCAACUGGCAGCACAGGCGCCUUCUCUUCGUCUGGAUCUUGCAGCUCCUCUUCAAGUUCAUCGGGUUCUGGUGGUCAGGGUAGUCGUCUGGGAGACUUGGUAUCUAUCUGGAACGGCAGUCUGGAUCGUGAUGAAGGGCUUGGAGAAUCUCCAUCUUUUGAGACAGCAACUGCCCCUUCCAGCAUUUGGUCCUUCCCAUCAGGUGGUUCAUCUGUUCCACCAACACGGCCAUCUCCUGCAGCUUCUGUUUCACCCACUGACUCACUGACAAGUCUGGGAAGUUUGGGAGGGCUAGUAAAUAGCAGCAGUGGUGGGGCUGGGAGUGGUGGUCGUCGUGACUGCCUUGUUUGUGGAGAGAAGGAAGUAGAUGCUGCUCUGGUUCCAUGUGGACACAAUCUCUUCUGCUUGGACUGCGCCAAUCGGGUAUGUGAUGCAGACGCCACUCCACUCUGCCCUGUCUGCCAGCUGCCUGUUGCACAGGCUAUUCGAAUCUUCUCCUAAGAUACAAGAACACACAGCAGUACUCUCGUAUUUUCAUUUCCGUUUAUAAGUUUGUUCUUAACACUAUUUGCUCAGAGUCUAGACUUAUUUGAUUCACUGCACACCAUAUUGGCAGCACAUAGGGUUAAGAACAGAUAUUUUGAGACGCAGGCUUUGGCAGAAUGUAUUGAUGCCAGUGGGGUCUGGAUAAAAGGAAAAAUUUUAUACAACGAAAGAGUAAAUUAAAUAAAUUAUUUAAAUCUAUAUUUUAUGUUAAAUAUUUUUGUUUGAAUGUUUAGUUUUUGAAUGUAUGGAGUGUGAUUUUUUCCCAUGCCCCAACACAAUAUUUGGGUACAUUCUGUGGAAAGCAAGUCUCUGUCAUUAAUAAUAAUAAUAAUA